ACACGUACUUAGCGGAAGCCGAGGGUGGAAAGCUUGUUGUUGCUGCUGUCAAGCAAAAUUAUUCUGGAAUUGUGUUUUACGCAAACUGAGGACUCUUUUUUUUUCUUUCAAAAGUGAGUACUGGUAGUAGUAUUAUUGCAUGCCACUUUUAUCAAGUAAAUUAGCUGAAAUGUGAAAAUCUCAAAUGAGUACGGUACCCAAGUUUGCCCUGUCUAACAACUGUUGUCGACUGUUGUUAUGUUAGCUACAUGUAACUUGACGAAGCGAUGCUUCCCUCGGAUGGAGUGGGUCUGCGCCCGUCGAGACUUCACGUCGACCAGAGGCCGGCCGGUGUGUGUGUGAUAUCGUGAUAUGUUUGUUUCUAACCAUAACAUCAUGCCAGUCCAAACUCGAAGGGGUAAUCAGUCUACUCUGUCAUUCCCAACAAGAAAAACUAACACACCGAGUAGGAUUGAACACACACUCAAGGGUGGAGAGAAGAAACUUGAUAGACUAAAGAGAGAUCACUGCAGAAGUAAAAGUCUCUCUUCACUUUCAAAAUCAACACCUGUACAUGUAGAUAGUGAACAAAGCUUUAUAUCAUUAGCUGAUAGACUGGAUGGGGUUAUAUCACCUAGGAAGAGGAGUACUGUUGUUGCUGCUAAGGACUCUCCUUUAAAGACACCAUCUAAAUCUCCAAGGAAGAGAUCGAUUUCAGAUCAUUACAAUGAUGAAAACCAAGAGCCAGAAGCUUGCAGUCCAACUAAAGUAAAGAGAAGUAUCCUGGAAUCAAUGUCACCUUCAAAGCGAUGCGAGUCCACUCCUAUCAGGAAACUCGGCGUCGCAAGGCAAGAUGGUGAGUGUUACAGCUCGGCCAAGAAAGCCCUUCACACAUCUCUUCCGGAGCGUCUCCUUUGCAGAGAGAAAGAGACUCAAACCAUCCAGUCUUUCCUCAAGAAUCACCUAACCGCAAGGAAGCCGGGGAGUCUCUACAUCUCUGGCGCACCGGGAACUGGCAAGACGGCUUGUCUUAAACAGAUCUUACAGCAGCAACAUAAGGGUAGCAGAAAGAGCAGUCAGCAUAUAUUUGUAAACUGUAUGUUAGUUAGACAGAGCCAAGGUAUAUAUCACACAGUCUUGAAAGAGGUCAAUCAUGAUGUAUCAACGGAUAAAAUGUCAGCCAAGAUGGCUGCCAGAGCUCUACAGAAGUCAUUCACAUCCCCUGGACCCACUGUAUUGUUAGUGUUGGAUGAAAUUGAUCACUUAGACUCCAAGGGACAGGAGGUUCUUUACACCAUGUUUGAAUGGCCUAGUCUACCAAAAUCAAGAUUGGUUCUCGUUGGUGUGGCCAAUUCACUGGAUCUCACAGAUAGGAUACUGCCUAGGCUUCAAUCCAGACCCAAAUGUCGACCAGAGCUUCUUCAUUUUGCUCCAUACACAAGGACCCAGAUCUCAACCAUCUUGCAGGAUAGACUCAAAGAGAGUACUGUUGAUGGUACAGCUGUAGUAGAUCCUAUGGCCGUCCAGCUUUGUGCAAGGAAAGUAGCAGCAGUGGCUGGAGACGUGAGGAAAGCACUAGACGUCUGUAGGAGAGCAGUGGAGAUUGUUGAAGCAGACAUUAGGAGGCAGUCGAUAUUAAAACCAUCAGGAGGCUCCCCAAGAAAAACCCUACUGUCACCCGUCAAAUCAUCUGCCAGGAAUUCGCCCAAGAAAGGUUCUCCAUCAAAGCUCCCAAAGAAAGUCUCUCUGCUCCAAGUCUCCAAUGUCAUCAAUGAGGUGUAUGGGUCAGGGGUCAUGACCUCAUCCGGAAGUAAAGGUCAAAGCUUCCCUCUGCAACAGAAGCUGGUUAUCUGUACAGUUCUUCUCAUGGUCAAGGAAGGCAAGGCUCGAGAGGUCACACUGGGAAAGGUCCAUGAUACAUACUCAAAGAUCUGUGCAAGUUGUCAUGUGGCACCUGUUGACCAAUCAGAGUUCCUGUCUCUUUGUCAGCUGAUCGAGACUAGAGGUGUUCUUGCUCUCAAGAAAUCAAAAGAUGCUAGACAAACAAAGAUGUGCCUGAAGAUGAAUGAGAAGGAGGUAGAAUUUGCUCUUCAAGAUAAGGUCCUAAUGUCGGUCAUCUUGGAAGCUGGCUUGCCUAGCAACAAAGACAAGAAAGGCAAACAAUUAUGAUGAUUGCUUUCAACCAUGUAAUUAGUAUUAUAGAUAAGACUCGGCGCUGUCUGCAAUUUUAUUUUUGUAAUAGAAGUUCAUUGCCAUAAAUUGGAUUUUAUAAUUGCCUCUUAAUUUUAUUUUGUAAUAUAGUUGUACAUGACUUGUAAUGAUAAUAAUAAUGAAUAGUUUUUAUAUAGUGCAUUUCAUAUAAUUUCACAUUUCUGUAUGCCCUUCAGAAGAAAAAGAAAGAAAAAUGCCUGUUGCAAAAGUUAUUUUGUUGAAUUAAGGAAAUUUUGAAUUUUUAAGUUUUUACAGCUUUUAGAAAAAAAAAGUCUAACGUAUCAAUUACCUUUUAGGUGUGAAUUUGGGAGCUUGUCCCGUUAAACCGGAGCAGAAUAAUAAAUAAUUUUUUACCAUUUGUUUUUUAAGAUUGGACAAAUAAUUAGUAAAUUCUUAUUGUGUGAUUGAAGCAUGUAGAAAUGAAGGUUGUAUUAAUCUAAUAUUCAAAUAUUUAAAAUGAAAGUAAAAUUACACCAUGUACUCUAAGUUUGGGAAGCUAAGUACAAUUUAUUAUAUUAGAAUACCAGUGUGUUAUUCUCAUUUCAUGUAACUCAUUUCUCAUAUGAUGUGAUUAAACCACGGUGUGCAUGUCAAGGGCUUUAUGCUAGGAAAUUUUCGUUGGAAGUGCCCGCAUUUUUCUGACUUUGAUAGGAUGACAUGUCACACUUCAUUCGCUCUAUUUUGUUAGAAUUCAUUCCCUCUGUUUAAUAUGGAGAUUUAUGUGAGCUUAUAUAUUAUGUUUUCUUUCAGUGGUAGAACCUUUUUAACAGUAUGACAUGUAUCGUGAAUUGUUCUAAUAGCUUCAUUUCUGAUCACAUUUUACUAUAAGUUGAUGUGGUAUUUUAGGUAAUGACAGUUUCUAGUUUAUGCCAUGUUAUACAGGUGCAAACAAAGUUAUUGAAUUUUAAAGUUUAUCAAUAUUUUGUGAAAACAGUUAUAUGCACAUCGUCAUGAAUAUUCAUUAGGUGGGCUGAUGAUGUCCCAUCCCCACUUUCCUUUUUCUUACGUUAUUACAUGAAAUCAUAAAUGUUUCAUUUUUUCAUACAUGUGUAAAUGAUGUGUCUCCAUUAUGAUGAAAUAAGAUGGGGCAAUAAAUAACUAAUGCACCUAAUCAGUUGUCAAUCCAAUUGUUUUAGUUCUUGGUAGAAAAUGUUUUAAUAAACCUAAUUUCAUAUAAUGAAAUACAAAAGAACAAGUGGGGAUAUGACAUCAUCAGCCCACCUAAUGAAUAUUCAUAAAGACAUGCCUAGAACUGUUUCACCGGAAUAAUGCAUAUCUUUAAAAUUAAAUAACUUGUUAUUUGUUAUCCGAUUUUGAUCGAAUUUUUAGCAUUUUGCUUUGUGAAUUUUACUCUAUUUAUUGAGAUAUCAAUAUCUCCAGCCUGGAUAGAUUAUGAAGUGAUAUUGAAGUCUUCAGAUUACCUCCAGUCAAAUAUAUAUGUAUAUGAAUUCUACCAUGAUUACAUUUUGGAAGUCUCAAACAGUUCUAUGAAUAUUUUCAGGAAUAAGAUAUUUUAGGAAGUUUUUAAUUUCUGACCUAAUUUCAUAUCAGCCCAAUAGCAGCCAUGGAGGAUUAGGGUUUGGAUGGGAUGAUGUUGGCUUAAACAUCUUUCAUACUGCAUAUAAAUUUUGGAAGGUAUUUUCAGCUGCCUUUAAAUCUUUUCUAAUUUCCAAACAUUCGAUGUAAUUAAGUUUUUUUACGAUUACAUUGAUUUAAUUUUCCUAUGAAUAUUUUACACGUUAUGCUUUUUUCUUUACACCUUUCAUUUUUGUCUCACCUGCAUAGCAGAGUGAGACUAUAGGCGCCGCUUUUCCGACGGCGACGGCGGCGGCGGCGGCGGCGGCGGCGGCGGCGGCGACGGCGGCGUCAACACCAAAUCUUAACCUGAGGUUAAGUUUUUGAAAUGACAGCAUAACUUAGAAAGUAUAUGGACCUAGUUCAUGAAACUUGGCCAUAAGGUUAAUCAAGUAUUACUGAACAUCCUGCCUGAGUUUCAUGUCACAUGACCAAGGUCAAAGGUCAUUUAGGGUCAAUGAACUUAGACCAUGUUGGGGGAAUCAACAUCAAAAUCUUAACCUAAGGUUAAGUUUUUGAAAUGUCAUCAUAACUUAGAAAAUAUAUAGACCUAGUUCAUGAAACUUAUACAUAAGGUUAAUCAAGUAUCACUGAACAUCCUGCAUGAGUUUCACGUCACAUGACCAAGGUCAAAGGUCAUUUAGGGUCAAUGAACUUUGGCCGAAUUGGGGGUAUCUGUUGAAUUACCAUCAUAACUUUGAAAGUUUAUGGAUCUGAUUCAUGAAACUUGGACAUAAUAGUAAUCAAGUAUUACUGAACAUCCUGUGCAAGUUUCAGGUCACAUGAUCAAGGUCAAAGGUCAUUUAGGGUCAAUGAACUUUGGCCAAAUUGGGGUAUUUGUUGAAUUACAGCCAUAAAUUUGAAAGUGUGUUGGUCUAGUUCAUAAAACUUGGACAUAAUAGUAAUCAAGUAUCACUGAACAUCCUGUGCGAGUUUCAGGUCACAUGAUCAAGGUCAAAGGUCAUGUAAGGUCAAAGAACUUUGGCCACGUUGGGGGUAUUUGUUGAAUUGCCAUCAUAUCUCUAUAAGUGUAUUGGUCUAGUUCAUAAAAUUUGGAAAUAAGAGUAACCAAGUAUCACUGAACAUCUUGUGCGAGUUAUAGUAGUUUUCAAAAUCUGCACUGCUGCUAUAUUGAAUCGCGUGAUGCAGGUGAGACGGCCAGAGGCAUUCCACUUGUUAAUGUUUAUGCUGUUACAAUAUUUUUUUAUAAAAGAUUAUAUAUUUACCAAGAAACAUUACAAUUUUAAAUAUGAUUAAUUCAGUGUGAUUAUUACAAAUUCCUUUGAAAGAUAUGUUGAAGUUUUAUUAUGACUUUGUAUGUCAACAUAUUUUGGUAAGUUAUGCGACACAUUUUUGACUGAAUUGUUGCCUUUUGUGCGAAAUAAAACUGUUGGGCAAUUCUA